GGCCCUCACUUUUCCUAUCUCCCACGUUUCCUGCCUCUCCUCCUCUUCCUCCCUCCGAUUCUCAACACCAGCGAACAACGCGAUUCGCCUUCCUCGAUCCCGGCCUUCUUCUGUGCUUUCUGGCGGCGGAGCCACUUCGAGCCUGCAGAUGAGUUGGCUCCGGCUUCUUGUCUUCUUAUUGAUGUUGCGAACGAAGAAAUACACAGCGAGCUUUAUCCGUUGGUUUCGGGCUUUUCGUCCUCCCUCCCGUGGAUUUUCUUUUUAACCUUUUUAAGUAAAAGAGAUGAAUUUUAGGAUCAAAGUCAAUCACCAAGAAGAAGAGGGCUACUUGCAAGUUUGAAAUAUCAAUUCUGGAAGCAUGGAUACAAGAGAAAGAAGUACAUCUGGAUCCAUGAUUGUUUGUGAUUCCCAUGUUAAUGAUUUAAACUCGACCUUAGGUGCUCAUGAGUUAACUGAAUUUAUGGGACCCAGAAUGACGACAAGUCAUUUGGGCAAUUCUAUGCCGGAGAAGGUUGUAGAUUCAUGCAAUGAAGUAAAUGUAUCAAAUGAAUUAUAUGAUCAAAAAUGCCAAGAUUGUUCUAUAAACCAGGAGAACACUAGCAUAUGCCAUCAUUUCAAUCCAGAAGGCAUUUUCUCAGAGGAAAUUCAUUUUCCUAUGCGUUUGAUAAAUCAGAAGAUGAAGAAUAUGAUAAAUCGAAAAAAAGGAUUUGCAUUCAAUCGAGUGGCUAGUAGAUUUGCUCAGUCACAUUUACCAUUAAGCAAACACACAGUAGGUUCCUAUCUGACAGAAUUUGCUGCAAAGGAGCCUAGUCUUGGAGCACAGGACAUGCCACAAAGUAGUGACAAGGAGUUUGAUCCCUGUGAAGCUUCUAAAACCUUUCAACUUUUCCAAGAUGAAUUUACUGCAUCAAUUUCUCAGUCAGCAGCAGAGAAAUUUGAAUCUCCAACAACAAACCUGUCUACUGUGUAUAGUAAAGAUAAAAAAGUUUCGACACGAUCGGAUCAUGUUUUUGAACACCCAAUACUGGCUAGUUUGACUAAUGUGAAUAGGAUGCACAACUUCCAUAACUUUGUUGGCCAGUCAAGGUUCACAGGUUUAGGUGCCAAAGCUGGUAGUAAGGUUGCCAGUAAUAUUAGAAGUUCAUGGUCCAGAAAAAAAAAUGAAUAUAUUAAUGCAAUAGAAGAUUCAUGGCCAGAUAUGCAUGAGAAUCCGAAUUCUGCAAAUUCAUAUGGCAAUCCGAAUUCUGGAACACACACAAAUGGAGGAUCAGCAGACCCUUCCAAUGCUCUUGAUUUUUGGUUGAUGAGAAAGAUGGACACAGAAUUGUCACAAGGGAAAAAUACUAUGGUAAACUCAACAGAAACUGCCCAAGUGAACUAUACUAAUUUGUUUGAAAUGUUCACACUGCCUGCAAUAUCAAUGAGACCUGGAAAGCAAGAAGGAGAUUUACCUUUUAUUAACUUGAGUAGCAUGAGAAAUGGGGAUGAUGGGUUUGAAAAUGAGACUUAUAUGAUGGAAACAAGGAAAAUAUCUUAUUCCAAAAUUGAUGCUGUUCAAGUUGAUGCUUGCCCAGUAACGUCUUCUCCAACUCCAGUAGGCAUGAUUUUUGACAGACUACAAAAGGUACGACUACGUUGUCUUGAAUUUUCUAACUCUAAUAAGGAUCUUGAGCGCACAAAACUAAUAAACCACCACGUAUCAGCUUUUCCAAUCAAACAAGCCAUGGUGAGACAUGCUGCUUCCUUAGAUAGAAGAUGUAGCACAAGUAAUGAAGAACUGAAUGUAUCUAAAACUGGGAGCAAGGAUGUGGUUCAAGCUGUAACUCACGCCCAAAGAUCCAUUGAAUCCAAUUCAGUUUGUGUAGUUGAAAACUGUACAAUGCCCGAGCAUUCUAGCAAAUGGCUUAAGCGCUUAAGACCGAGAAGUUCAGACUUGUUUAGUGCUAAAAGAACCAACAUUGGAGUUGACCCCACAAGUGCAGAUGUGUAUAGCUUAUCAAGUGAUCUCGGCAGUUAUAAGAUACCCAGCCCUGACAUGAAUAAAAAUCCUAAGGAGCAACUGAUAUCCCUUGGGACCAAUAACUCGCCAUCUGCACUGGAAUGCUCAAAUGAACCAUCAGUGAAGGAAAAUCAGUACUGGAUAAAAAGGUGGUGUUGUGAUUCCUGUCAAAAAGUUGAAUCUUACAAAAAUAUCAGCACACCUGGGCUUUGUGAACCUGAAAUUCCUCAAUCGUCCCUAGAUAAUUUUGAAGGUAAACAAUUCCCUAGCAUCAGGGCUAUGGCAUUGAUGGGGAGGGCAAUGAACAGUUCUCAGACACCCAAGUUCAAAAGAAAGGGAUCAACACUGUUGUGGAAUGAUGAUGAUUUUUGAAAUCUUCUCAGCUUUCAGUUGGAGCCUGCUUUCUCAUAGUCAUGGCAUGAUAGGGACCAACAAUAGUGUGUUCUGUAAAUUGUUGCGCCACAUAUAUGUAGCUGUAUACUAUCGAACCUCCUCAGCUUUGAGACGUAUAUAUUUGUAGAGAACGAGUCUUCUGUACGGUAACAGGAUGUUCUAGAUAAUAAUGUACAGUGUAAGUGGAAUAAUCACUGUGUAAUAAAGCAUCGAGGGUUUGCAGGGUUCCUCCCAUAAUUAUUUGUUGUUUUCAUUAUAUUUUAAGUGAUAAAUUAUAGUUUACACAUUUUGUUAUGGAGCAUUCCCUGCUAAGUGAUCUUCCUAAUGGAGCAGCAUUUUGAUGCACAUGAACCGAGGUCACAAAGUAUUACAACCAUGUAUUGAAAUGGACAUCUAACAUCGAAACAUUUUAUUUAGACUUAGAUUUCUCUUACUGAACAGAUUGAUCAUCCCAUCUUACAAUCCAUCUAAACAAAGGAGGAA